AUGGACGACGAGUUCACGCAUAAUGCCGAUCCUUUAGAGUCACGGAUACUUGCAGUGCCCGAAAGUUCGUCGGCACUUGAAGAGAUUGACGUUAAGCACCAACAGCUCCUGCAGAAUCAACAGAUUUUGUAUGCCACAAGUUUAAUUACUCAAAAUUCACACACUCCGGUAAAAGUGUCCAACAUCAUAGUUCAAAAUGCUGAGUGCGUUCGUCCAGCUGUAUUGCAAACUUAUUUGGACCAAACGAUAGGCCAAGCCACUACAUUCGAAGAACUCUGCUCCCAAUCUGAUAUCUUGAAUAUGAAGCUCAUCUCCAAUGGUCUAGUUGAAAACUGUACUCAAACUGUCGAUAGCAGAGGCGUCCUUCAUUACAGUUUGAAAGAUGCUAAUUUCGCGCCUAGCUAUGCUCUGCCUCGUGGCUCUAAUGAGGCAAUCUCUGUGCUGGAUGUGGUAUCCAUCGUGAACCUUCAAUCACUGAAAAAGUUCACUGCGAAAACGGGAACAAAUGUAGGAAACGGUGAGGGUGAUGGCUAUCUUCAAUUUCAAUGGCGCAAUGCCCUAGGUGGUGGCGAGAGAUUCACGUUCGAUGCCACGAAAGGCACAAAAACGCAUUCAUCUUAUCUAGUAGAUUACACACAGCCUCUCUCCCCUUGGUGGUUAUGGGAUACAUCCGUUUACAAGAAUUCGAGAGCUCUAGGUAAUGCGGAGCUCUUAUUAAGAGGUUUACGGGGUUCUAUCAAAUCUUCCUUCGAGAAACAUUCUAAUGCCAAUCACGAACUGAACUUUGAAAGCGUAUGGCGUAGCACCAUGGCAAGCACAAACCACAGCUCUGAUACUUUGCUAGCACAUUGCGGCCACGAUGUCAAGAAUUCGUUAGGUCACUCGUUGUUUUGGGACUCGCGCGAUAAGCCUAUAUUCCCAUUUUCAGGAAGCUUUGUCAAGGUAUCUAAUGAAUUGGCGCUCGGAAAAUUCUGGAAGCUCACGUUUGAAAGCUCGAAAGUUAAAAGCUGGCUAAGCAAUAACUUCAUAACCGCAAGUGGAACUGUUAAGGGUGGUUACAUCAAAAAUUUCAAUCCCAAGACUCAAUCAAUCCACGUCAGCGACAAAUUCCAAAGUGGUGGUAGCAAUGAUGUCCGCAGUUUCCAACUUAUGGGGCUUGGUCCAAAAGACCUUCAUGACUCAAUAGGGGGCGAUGCGUUUGUGUCAUACGGGAUAAGUGUCUUCAGUCGUUUACCUAUUAAUCGUUGGUCAGAUUCUAACUUCAGACUACAUGCAUUUUUCAAUGGUGGAAGGUUAAUAAAUUCUAAUGGACGUCCCGCAGAUAGCCUUAUGCGAGCACUGUCACGCGAACAUUCUACAUCUACAGGUGUGGGUAUUGUGUUUGGUCAUCCUAUUGCAAGAUUCGAGCUCAAUUUUACGAUACCGCUAUCAGCUCACACAAGCGACUCUGUCAGAAAAGGUCUCCAGUACGGAAUUGGACUCUCGUUCCUUUAG